AUGGAGCUGGGCCACCUAGCAGGUACAACCACUCUGACCAGGGCCCAUCCGAACAACAAGGAAGGCCAGCAGGACACGGACCCCUGGAGAGCUGCCCUUAGCCCUUUGGAUACCUCCAAGCUCAAGUACCAGGCCCCAGUCUCCCCAAAGACAUCCCUGUACCGAGAAGACAGCCCCCGAAGCAGCUCCCUGGGGCGGGCCUCCCUGGAGGAGAUCCCGCCUCCACCCCCUUCAGCUGUCAGCCGGGGAUCCCCCUGGAGGAACUCAGACCCGGAAUCCCUGAAGAAAGGGAGCUUCAGACCCUCCUCGAGGGACAGCAGGGCUUCCUUACGAGAAGGGGCUCAACCGUGCCAGGCGCUGAAGGAAGACCCCAACUCGGGGGCCCAGGGCCAGAGCGGCAGCAGCAUUCCCAACAACAUUCGUCACAAGUUUGGGAGCAACGUGGUGGACCAGCUGGUCUCCGAAGAGCAGGCUCGAAAGGCCAUUGGGGAAGCCUUGGAGGACCAGAAGAGGGCCAGCUCAUGGCCCAGCAGGAUCCAGAGCCCCACGGAAAUUACCUCCAUCUUUUCAGACUACUAUGAUCUGGGCUACAACAUGCGGGCAAACUUGUUUCAAGGGGCCCCACAGGAGACGAAGAGCCUCAUGAAGGCUUCCUACACCCCCGAGGUGAUUGAGAAAUCAGUGAGGGACUUAGAGCACUGGCAUGGCAGGAAGACGGAUGAUCUGGGACGGUGGCACCAGAAAAAUGCGAUGAACAUGAACUUGCAGAAAGCACUGGAUGAGAAAGAAAAGAGCAAAAACAAGAACUCAAAGUAG